AUGCCAUUCACACCCGCAACCGCAAACCCGCUCAGCGGAGGAGGGGACCCGUCAGGUCAAACGCACUUUCAGGCUCCGGAAUCAGACGAGUACGAGGCAGGGUUGACCGUGAUUGGAGAGUUCGACACGGUAGAGUCAUUCUGCCGGUACUUCAACUGGUUGAAGCCCCCAUCGCGGCUGGAGCGCAACUCCAACUACCAUUUGUUCAAGUCCGGCAUCAAGCCGAUGUGGGAGGACCCGGCUAAUGCAGAGGGGGGCAAGUGGGUGUUGACGAUGAAGAACAACCCGCAGCUGUUGGACCGUUGCUGGAGCUGGCUUGCCAUGGCGCUUGUCGGCGAGGACCUAGACGAAAGCGACGAGAUUUGCGGUGCGGUUGUGAGUCUGCGAAGCAAGGUGGACCGCAUCCAGCUCUGGACGCGCAGCAAGGACGAGGUCGAGAAGAUAAAUGGCAUCGGACGCAAGCUCGUGAAACUUUUAGACGUCUCCGAAGCAGAUGGCAUCGGUCUUGAGUUCCAGUAUAAUAGCGAUGAACGUCCGGUGCCGAAUAAGUACUUGAGCAUUCAAUCGCUCCCUCAAUCGUCAUACCGUACCUCGUUCCAGGGCAAGAGCAGCCCCAUGGCUGCACCCGGUGAGGGUCCUGGCUUGCCCGCCGCUCCGGGUGGCGCGUUUGCAGGCUUCGGUGUUGGUGGUGGAGGCGUACUGGGAUCCGGUUGGAGGAAUAAACAGCAAAGGUCGUGA